AUGGGGCAAGAUGAUCUGGAAAGCGAUGGACAAAAGGCAGCGACCAAUGUGCGUGAUAACGUCGGGGAGGAGGUGGACCCAGAGCAGCUCAUCCAGGAGACGUGUCGGAGCUGCCUGGAGCAGGCCAAACUGCUGUUCUCUGAUGGCAAAAAGGUUCUUCCCAGGUUGCCCCAUGAGCAGGCAGCACCAAAGGAAGGGGGGAGCGGCCGGCUGGGGAAGGAGAGCCCUGCUCAUCCACUGCCCUUCCCCUUCCAGCGCGCCCGGCAGAUGGAUGAGGAGCUGAAUCGUCGUGGGAGCCCCAUUCCCAAAAAGAGAAAGGGGCGGCCCCCAGGACAGAGCCUGUCAAAUGACCGUGGGAUCUCGGGCAUGGCUGCGUGGAAACUGAAGGUCUCUGAGCCUGUGAAAAGGGAUGGACCAAAGUGGGAUCCAUCCCGACUGACUGAAACCACAACCUUUGUGCUGGGAUCUCGAGCAAACAAAGCUCUCGGGAUGGGAGGAACAAGAGGGCGGCUCUACAUCAAGCAUCCCCACCUCUUUAAGUACGCAGCCGACCCGCAGGAUAAGCACUGGCUGGCAGAGCAGCAGCACAUGAGGGCCACGGGGGGCAAGAUGGUGAGUACGGCUGGGCUGGUGGCUCUGGGGGCCGUGCAGGGACCCCCGGUAGGGCUGGCACUGGCCAGGAGCAGUGAGCCGCUGCAGCAGGAGCUCAUGGCACUGAUGAUGUCCGGUGACAAAGGCAUCUCCGCCUUCCCCGAGUCUGACAACCUCUUCAAGUGGAUCGGGACCAUUGACGGCGCCGCUGGCACGGCCUACGAGGAGCUUCGGUACCGGCUGUCGCUGGAGUUCCCUCCUGGAUACCCUUACACAGCACCCACUGUGCGGUUCCUGACCCCCUGCUACCACCCCAACGUGGACACCCAGGGCAACAUCUGCCUUGACAUUCUCAAGGACAAGUGGUCGGCGCUCUACGACGUCCGCACCAUCCUGCUCUCCAUCCAGAGCCUGCUGGCAGAGCCCAACAUCGAGAGCCCUCUGAACACACACGCGGCCGAGCUCUGGAAGAACCAAACUGCCUACAGGAAGUACGUGCGGGAGACGUACGCCAAGCAGGCCAAGAGCCAGGAGACCUGA